AUGGAACUAGCGACAGCACCAAUCCGCUGGUCAAUGGAUGUCACAUAUUCUGGUUAUUCCUACUCUCAAAUCUCUGGAAGUUCUGAUGCAAUAUCCACAAUGAGUGUCAGAUGUUCAGCAUUAACCGACUACAAUGUCUACAUGCAGUUCAAUGGAUGUCAAGGUGGACCACUGAAUAAUCAGAAUUUUCCAGAAGGGAAUGACAUCACUUUAACUUGCAACAGUGCGGAUAUGGUCUGGAAUUAUGUGGUUACAUUGAAUGGAAUCACUUAUACAAGGAGAAUUAUUUCAGUGACUUGUCAGCGAAGAUGCUUACCAACUGAUCUUCCUUUGGAAUCUGGCGAAACAACUACCGACCGGGAGAUCGAAGUCACUUAUCUUAUGUACCAAACCACUCAAAUCCCUGGAACACUUGAUACAACCGCUACAAUGAAUCUCCAAUGUACUGCUGAUACGGGGUUCUUCGCGAGUAUGUCUAUAAAUGAAGGAGUUGAAGUUGCGGAAAAUGUACCUCCAGCUCAAACAGUUACUAUUUCUGCUUCUUGUAGCAGUGUGGAUAUGGUUUGGCAAUAUACUCUCGUAUCUAUGGGUGUUUCGACCACAGUCCCUCUCACUAGGGUUUGGUGUCAAGGUUAG